AUGGAAAAACUAUCAAGAACGGAAACGGAAUAUUACUUCGAAGUAGAUGGUAAGCGUUGGUGGGUUUUGAGUUCAUCCAGUGAUGACUGGAAAGUGUUGUCAAACGAUGAUGCUUACAAACUGGGACUAUUUGCAGCAGUUACAUCGCAAGAAUGUGAAUUCAUAGAUACUAACAUAGAAGCAUACAAAGAGGCAGUCUCUGAGAUUGUUGAAAGCCUAGAUAAACAACUACAAAUUAAAAAUGCAGUAGAUGCUGUAGAAAGUAUUCAUGAGGUUGGUACACCUGACAUAGUGAAUUUAAAUGGCUCGGAUCGGUGUAUAUUGAAGCCCAAAGAAUCCAUUCAUGAAAAUGAGGUUAUCUCUACUCAACUUCCAAAUCAGGAUUUGCCACAAAAUUCACCUGUAAAAGGUCCUAAAGAUAUUUUAUCGGAAGAUAAUUUGAAAAUGAUAAGUGGUUCAGUGGAAGAUGAACGCGUUAUACCAAAAAAGGCUCCAUUGCCGGUAAAGACAGCUCCACUACCUACAGGUAAAAUUCCAUUACCCGCGAAAAAGGUCCCUCUUCCAACCAAGAAAGUACCGUUGCCAGUGAAUAAGACACCCUUGUUAGUUAAUAAGGCGCCUUUACCCUUAAAGACACCUAUACCCAAAACUAUAGAUCAGAAACCAAUAAAACAGGGAGAAGAGGAAUCUGCUAAUGAUGCUACUCCGGAACCAAUUGCAAAUGAACCUGAGCUUAGCAGAAGAGAUACUUUGAAAAAUCAAAUUAGCGACCUUAUAGCUAGUACUUCUAAUAUGAAGGAAUGCUACAGAGCACAACGCAGGCAAACAGAACCCAUGAAAGAGAAAACAACGACUCUAAGAAGCACGGCUAGAAGGUUGACCUAUGCAAAUAACGGGGGAUUAGCGGGGUGUUUAAAGACUGUAGCGGAGGAAAGAGAGAAAAUGGGUGCAGAACCGGAGUUCAUAAAGACUAGGGACAAUAAACUUGAUAAGAUGAUACAAAGGGCAAGAAAUAUGGCUGCAAAGACACUAAGUAGUGAAAAGAUGAAAGACGCCGCAGAAGCACUGAGAAAAGGACUCGAAAAUAAGAAAUCACCAACUAAUAAGAUCUUUGUCAGACCGCGUGGAUCUAUAAAUGUUAACGAUCUCAAACCAGCCAAAACUAUGUACGAAGUCACAUUUGAGGCUUCUUCUGAUUCAUCGGAAGACUGUGAAUCUAAAAAUAUGGCGAUUCAACCUCCAAUUCCUCCGCAACAAAGGCAAGGAAUGGACCAAAUACUGGCAGAGCGACCCUCCAUACGCAGGAAAACUGUAGUUUUAAACGAAGACUAG